AAUUCAUUUAACUUAACAUUAAACUUAUUGAAACUCGAUUGUGUUGUGCCACGACAAUAAGUUAAUUAGUCAAAAAUGUUAACGAAAUUUUAUUGAAAUUAUUAAAGAAAAUGAUCGAGUUUUUGGUGACUUUGGUGCUUUUCUACGGUACCCUGUGUCUUGUGCCUUUAUUAGCUUUAAAUUUUUUGGUAUUGAGAUUUAGCAGAUCACUAUGGCUAUCUUGCAUUUCCUUGCUUCAUCCGGAAGUGGAAUUUAUAAAAUACGUCACAGUUCGCACCUUGCUAGACACCCAUAGAAACCAAGGAAUAAUAUCAGUACUUCUUUGCGUGAAGGGCCAGCCUAACCCCGAAGCUGUGAGGAGACAUUUGCAUGAAUUGGUCAGACGAAGAGACAAAUCCGGCAACCUAGCAUUCCCGAGGUUGCGACAUUGCCUAGUUACAAGAUGUGGCAACUAUGCUUGGGAAAAAGCUAAAUUUGAUCUUGAUCAAAACCUCACUGUGGCACCGUUCACCUACAAAGGAAGAACCGUCACUGAGUACAACAUACAAGACUAUGUGAGCGAAAUAGUGUCUAAGUAUUUACCCACUGGGGUGCCACCAUGGCAAGUGGUAAUAAUACCAUCAUCAGAAGAUAACCAUUAUAUACUAUUUAAGGUUCAUCAUGUACUUUUGAGUGAGGGGUUAAAUAUCGGCGAUCUCUUACCUUUGAUACCUCCAACUAGACAACCUUCAGGGAACUUUACAUCCAAAAGCCCUUUGGUGGAGGUGCUGCCAAAGCCAAAAGUAAUGCCGGUUCUUAAGGAAAAAUUAACUGAAGAACUAUCAAAUCGUUGGAACGAAUUCGUAGCAAAUUAUGACCCCCUUGAGAGACCCGAGUUGCUAAAAAACACCCCGACUUUUUUUGAGUUCCUAUCAAUCUCACUUAUAACCAUAGUGUCGUCCUUUAAAGAAUGCAGACGCGGUUUCAGAGUGAUCAAGGAUGAUAUUUACUCAAGAACAAAGUAUAUUCUGAUCACACUAAAUAAGGAGACCACCAAAAGACAGGUUACUGUGUUGAAUUUCUUUUUGUCUAUAUUGUGUUCUUUGGAUCCAAGAAAUGUUUUGAGUAACACUUUCAGAUCUCUAUGGUAUGUUUGUUUUGUUUUACCUGUUAGAGUACCCAUUGUUAUCUAUGCUGAGGUUUUGGCUUUCUAUACUUGUCUGACGUUACAAUACUGUCCAUAUCCGUAUACCUUUGUUGGGAUGUUGUACACAUACGUACCUUUAUUUUUCAACACCACCAAAGAGUUAAUGAAGAUUUUAUCCAUAUUUUUCUCAGCCCCAAAGACUGUCAUACAAGAUAUACUCCUUCAGAAAGAAUCGUUCCAAACCAUAACGCUAUGUGGAAGAAAAUCUGUAGCAUGGUCUGACCCUGUGAAAGUGGACUUUAUCAGACAGAUUUCCAAAGCUACCGGAGUAUCAGACACUGAAAUAAUGCUGAGCGCUGUUAGUGCGUCGGUCUCCAAAUACUUAUCCCAAACAAACCACGUCAUCCCGGAUGAACUCCCCAUCACAAUACGUAACAUAAACUCCAACUACAUCUUCGCCACUGGUAACAACGUCAAACCUGGCGAUGCGAUGUCGGGCAUCCUUUGCUUGAACCUCCCGAUAAUGGACCCAGAACGCGAGACAACGCAACUGGACAACCUCAUGGAGGUUAGAGACAACUUCCACAAAGUACUCGAAAAACAAGGCCUCUCCCAUCUCCUCACAAUCCUCCAAACCAGAUUCGGCGUCCUAACGAAGUUCUUACCCUCGUUCUUGGUCAGCGUCUACCUUAAAUACCUAUCGAGGAAGUACGCCGUGUCCGUAACGGAAUUGACCAGCAGAUACCCGAACGUAACGCAGAGAUCACUGUGGGGACAGGAAGUCAGCAGCGUCAUCUAUUGGAGACCACCACAAGGAAACACAAGUAUAUCUUUGUGUCUGAACGAAUACGCUGACCAUGUAAAGUUGGGGGUUAUGUGUGAUACCCAGUUAGCUCCCCAACAUCCUCUUUUGGCAAGAAAUUUUCCGGAUUACAUCCAGGAAAUGGCCAAAGCUUCAAAUUUGCACCAACAAUAAAAAGUUUUUUUAUAUUUUUAAUAUUGCUCAUUAAGUUUUGAAAUAAUAAAAGACAUAUUUAUUAAUUUAUA